CUUCCAGGAAGUAUCAAGAGUAAAACUCAGUUGGCAGAGACAGCUGCAGUUCAGAGGUGCGUGGGGAUGUGACGGACAGCAGGCAGCUCCUGCAGACUCCACCACAACUCUCCAUCAUGAUCAACACUUACCACACCAGCAUGGCUCCACCGCCGGUGCCUCCGCGCCUCAGCGGGUCCCAGACACUCCUCAUCCCUGCUCCACUUCCAUCACCGAGCCACAGCAAGACUCUCAUCCGAUUCCUGGUCGGCGUGGCGGUGCUGCAUUUGCUGCUGUCUGUCGGAGGAUUCAUCUAUCUGUACCACUAUGAAAAAAUGGAGAGAUUUUCCUUAGCUGAAGGAAAAGCUGAAUUUCUAUCAUCAGUAAAACAGGAACCUUCCCACAGAGCCUUGGCGAACUUGGUGGUUGACCGGAAAACAGCAACGACAUCGACACCUGGUUAUCUCCAGUGGGACAUGAAUAACUCACCUCGCAAGAACAUCAACUACUCCUACAGCAGCUGGCUGACUGUGCUGCAUUCUGGUGACUACUACGUCUACUCCAGGGUGACCUUCUCCAAGAGCCGAUCCACCAGCCCCCUGUUCAGCAGAGUCAUGCUGAGGAAGAGCGAGACGACGAAAGACGAGGUCUUGAUGCAGGCCUACUGCAACCUGGGCAGCCCCACUGGGCUGUGCACGGCCACGCAGGGAUCGGUGGUCACGCUGGAGGAAGGAAAUCAGCUCGGUGUCUGGAUAGAAAACCUUUCUUGGGUGGACUACGAUGAAAAAGCCACAGCGUUUGGGAUGUACAGACUGUAGGAACGUCUAGAGGAAAGUGUACACGGACCUGAAGUGAACUCAUUCAGCGGAUGGACUUGGAUAUAAAUCUACUGAGAACACUGUUGAAUACUGAGGUUUGAUAAACUCUGAUUAUAGAGAAACAUUCCUCAACUAUAAUUUAUACAUAAUCAUUCUGUAUUUAUUCAAGUAAAUGAAGUUUUUAUGACCCUGAAAUUAUUGUUCUAUAUUUAAUCUUAAGUGUCCCGUCUUAUAUCAUCAGUUUAUCGCGCAUGUGCUCAACUCAGGAGUCAAUUAAAAGUAAAGGAGAUACAGAUCAUCUUAGUGUUGUGGUCGCCAACCUGUCGAUCGCGAUCUACCGGUCGAUCUCGCGGUCUUCAAUGUGAUCCUCGAACUCUCUGGACUCACUGGCUGAGGUUUCGCCGCAGAUCAGCUGUGUCGGUUGUUUACAUGGCAGCGUGUCCGCUGCAGGCGGCGGAGCUGCUAGUUUAUCUACUGCAAGUCGGUUUAUGUACUAAAGUAAAUAUUAGUAUACUACGGUAUGAAGACGCGCAUCUUUCGGUCUGUCGAUAACAAUCUAAGCCCCGAUAGAACCUUAGAACAGAUGAAUGGACUCAGAACGUGAAACACUGGAGUCCUUUUACUUGGAAACGGGUUCGGGAAGUGUUGUAAAUACGUUUGUGUCAUAGACAGAUAAACAUUGUGUUUUACAGAAGAAUAAACGGAGAAAAUGAUCUUUCAGUUGAGUUUUAAUGUUUAUCUGUUGAAAUUA